AUGAGCCCCAAGGUGGGCAUUGGCUCGGGUAUCUCCUUAGUGGUAAAUCCCAUCCUGGGGUGUGCUGGGAGCAGUGUGGCCCGCACACAGAGGGAAGGGAUCGUCCCCUACUUGGCCCUGGUGACACAUCUGCAGUGUCCAUUUCUGGGCUCCUCAGAGCCAGAAAGACCAGGAGCUCUUGGAGAGGGCCCAGCAGAGGCCACAGACUGGGUGCAAAGAGGGCGGUCAAAGACUCCUCAGUGGUACACAGCGACAGAACGAGAAGCAACGGCCAUAACUAACACAAAAGAAGCUCCACGUCAGCAUGAGGAAGAACUUUAUGUUGAAGCUGCCGGAGCACUGGAAAGGCUGCACAGGGAGGGCAAGAAAACCCCCGGUCUGGAGACACUGACACUCCACCUGAACACGCUCCGGUGUCACCUGUUCCGAGCCGAGCCCAGCCGGGCCGGGAAGAGCCGAGCUGAGCCGAGCCCAUCCCUGCCCAGCCGGACCGAGCCGAACCCAGCCGAGUUCACCCGAGCCCGCCCGCGUCUCCUGCUCCGAUUGCGGCCGCUGCGGGCCGGGCGGGCCAUGGCGGAGCGAUGGCGGGACGUGUGCGGGGUGCGCAUCGCCCCGGCCGAGCUGCGCUUCAUCGACGCCAUGCCGGGGAGCUCCUACCGUGCCGCGCUCACCGUGCAGAACCUGCGGGCGGGCGCCUGCCACCUGCGGCUGCUGCCGCCACGGGAGCCCCAGUUUAAAUUGAUUGUGGAAAAUCCAGACAAACUCCUUGCAUCUGGACUUCAAGUUAAGGCUGUUGUGGAAUAUACUCCCAAGUGUGCAGAAGAUCUUAAGGAUAAACUAAUUCUUGUAGUAGAUGAUGACGUAGUUCAUAUCCCUGUGCUUGUUCUCUGCAGAUUGAUUCCCUACUGUGAUCUGGAAAUAGAGACAGAGGUUGAUUUUGGUGAAAUGAUUGCAAACAGUAAACUAGUUACUAAACAUGUUAGUAUUUCUAACCGUGGAACAAUUUCAGGUGUAUUUAGAAUAUCAUAUGAUGGGGUGGUCCUGCUUAACAUAAAACCUGUCAGAGGAGUUGUAAAGCCAAAAUGUGAAAGGAAAAUUCGAGUGGAUGUCUGCACAGAUGUACCUGGAGUCAUCAAAGAAAUGAUGAAAGUGGAGUUGGAAAACCGUGGCUCCACUGAAGUAUGGGUCAAAGGUGUUGUGGUUGAACAAGUUCUUAAAGUUCUUGGAGUGAAUUGUGGAAAAGCACUGAAGUGCAUUAACUUUGGACCUCUUUACUUUGGGACUUCAAAGACAGAACAAAUAUAUUUAUACAAUGAAAGCCCUGAGUGCAUGGAUUGGGUAGCAGUACUGGAAGACAAUGCCAUUGGAGGAGAGGUGGGGACAGAUCUUCGGGGGAGUACAGAUGCUGUUUUACAUGACUUAAGCCUGAAAACUGAAGAUGUAGAUGUUUCCACCUUGAUCUUGUGUGCUCCCAAUCAAGGAACUUUGGAGCCUUAUGAAAAGUCCUUGAUUACAGUCUGCUUUAGUCCAGAAAAAUUUGGAAGAGACUUUGAAGUGAAUGAUGCAUCACCGGUUCAAGAUUAUGUCAUCUUUCUGAGAUUUGAAACUGCUGGGAAGAGAGGUGGCUGUCUGCAGAACCUCAGUGGUGGUGCCACAGCAACCACAAGUAGCCAUUCUCGUUACGUGGACUUAGCUUUGAAGGGUUCUGGCUUUCCUGUGAUCUUAACUUUUAAGCCAGGAACAGUAUUUAAUUUUGAGGACUGUUACUUGGGUGAGCAAGCACAAGUUGCUUGCACAAUGAAAAAUGAAUCUGAGUUCCUUCCAGUAACGUUCAGAUUCCGCAAGACUGCUCACUUCAAUAUUUCUCCUGCAAGAGGACAACUUAAAAAAAAAUCGGAAAAGGAAGUGAUGAUUUCAUUUUCUCCACAUCAAAUAGGAAAAUUUGAGAUGAAGCAAAUUAUUGAUAUCAUUGGUACAGGAGUAGAUAAAAAUAAUGUAGGUGUUUUGAAGACAAAACCCUUUCAUCAAAUAUCUUUGACCUUACAUGGUGUGUGCAAAUCUAAACGAACAAGCAUUGUAUUCACAAUUAAUCCUGGUCUAACGCCCUUGAUUUCCAAUGAAACUGGACAGUUUGUAGUUCGUAGCACAGGACAUCUCAGUGAAACAGCACCUGUGGCAAUCCUUAAAUCAACCCAAACACAAAUUCAUACUCACCGGAAAAACAGGAAUUGCGAGGAUGACGCACUUAUAGCCUUUCCUAACGAUCGUGCAGCCAGCCUUAGGCCUAGUGAAUGGAAUAAAAAGUACAGGACUAUUUUCACAAAGACUGUGAGAUAUAAUUAUGUAGACCCAGAAUUUGCUUAUACUGACUCUGAACGACUGUUAAGAGAAGAAAAUAAGAAACACUAUUUACGCUUCAUUUCCCAUUUGAGGCACCAUCGUUUAGAAAGAGAGGUUUCUAGGCGGUUUUAUAUUUAUAACAAUUCUGUGAGCUUAGGCAUUAAACCAGCUGAAGGUCUUAAGUCACCAAACAUCUCAAUCAAAGAUUUUCCCAAGGAGAAGCCACAGCCCAAAAUGCUUCCUUUAGAUGACAAUUGCAUGUUAACUAGUCGAAAAUUGUCAGCAAUUGUUUCUAAAUCUACAAACAAAGGAGUUUGGAGUUGGCUUAGUCCUAUGCCAUCUUCUGCCCAGGAGAAGGAAGAUUGUAGUCUAACUUUGACACACAAACAGCUUCAUCAGAUAUUCAUUGGUCCUUCUACUAUAGAUUUUGGUGAUGUUUGUGUGUAUUCUACAACAACCAAAGAGCUGCACAUCAUCAAUAACUUGUCAGUUCAUAUUUGGAUAGAAAUUGAGAUUGAAGUUGCAGAAUUGCAGGAGACCUCUCCAUUGUCUCAGGUGGUGCCUCCUCUUACAAAAACUCAUAUUCCAGUUGUGUUUGAGACAAUCCGUGCUGGAAUGUUUAAAAACUCUUUCAGUUACAAAAUAAACAACAAACACAUUGGACAUGUGCUGGUAGUUGCACAUGCAAAGCCUAUUGAACUUCAGCUGUCUAGAAGGGAACUGAUUGUGAGUCCUAUUUCCGGCUGCCUAGCAGGGACAGAGUUUAGAAGAACUGUCAGGGUAUGCAAUCCCAGAAAUCAUCCUGCUGGCUUUACUUGGAAACCUCUAACUGAAGAUACAAAAUCUGCAUUUACUAUAAAGCCAACCAGAGGGUUUGUGGAGGCCUGUAGUGAGGUGGAGUGUGAAGUUGUUUGGAAUCCAGCGUACAGUGCUCCAGAUACAGGAGAAUUCACCUUGAGUGUGCGCAAAGGAAAUCCAAUUAAUUUGAAAUGUUUGGCAAAGUUUGGUACUACUAGAGUUCAGUUUGUGGCUCAAAGUAUCUCCUUUGCUCACAGUCCAAUUGGUUUCACUACUUGUAAGACAGCCACUAUUCUAAACACAGGAUACAACCAUGCAUACUUCCAAGUUCGUGACUCCAACCAACUGCCUGGAAUGGAAAUCACACCCACUGAAGGAGUGAUACCAGUGGGAAGCCUUGUUGAUUUAAAAAUCUCUUUCACUCCAAAGGCACACAUGAGUUUUGAUAAAAAAGUGGAGGUAGCAGUGAAGAAUGCAGCAGGACUCACACUUAGGAUCAGUGGAUUUUCAGAGAUCACUGAAAUAGGCAUUGAUGUGGGAAUAUUUGAAUAUCAAGGUGUUCAUGUUGGCUCUACAAAAUCAAUUCCAUUUUUACUGCAGAACAAAGGACAAUCUUGUACUAGAGUGCAGUUUGAUUUUAGUAAAAAUAGGGAUUUUGAAUUGAAUGCUGAAGACAAUUCAGCCAUUGACCGUUCUUGUUCAAAGCCUUAUCUCUAUUCAGUUUACAUAAAGGAAGAGUCUUCUUUGAAAUGCUUCCUGACCUUGACACCAAAAAAGGUGGGAAUAUAUGAAUUAAUUCUCCCAAUUGCUGUUCCUCGGGCCACUUCCCCACCUCCAGCUCCUGCCGCGCCUCUGAAGCGCGGUGCCCCCGCGACUCUGCCACCCCCGGAGAUCCCAGCUCUGCCCAGCUGCAUAAUCAGAGCUAAUGCACUUGAACCACUCUUGGAGUUCUCCUCAAUGGAAUUUAAAUUUGAAGAACAUUUGAGUAACAUGCGUUCCACUACUGCUGAUAGGAGUAUGAAUUCUCAGAACCUUGUCCUGAAGUGUGUCUCAACUGAGGAUUUAUUAUGGAAAUUUAAUUUUGAUGAUGCAGACAAAAAUAUAAAAGAUGAUAUUUUCAGAUUUAGUUUGAAGCAUGGACAUCUUCAUCACAGAGAUGAAGUCAGUAUUGCUGUGUCCUUCUGGCCUCCUUGUCCUGGGACAUAUACAUCUGAAAUAAGCUUGCAUAUAAAUGAUGAUCCAGCACGAUACGUAGUAACAUUGUCUGGCACACUGAGGUCUCCAGUAAUAAAUUUUCAUCCCCCCUUUUUAAUGCUGAUGCCAGUUCCUCUGGGUGUGGAAUCUGAAGCAGUCGUCAGAAUAAUUCCACAGGAUUUUAUAAGGGAAUCACAUAUUAAAGUUAGACUUCCUGAGCUUGAACUUGCAGAUGGUACCAAGACUUGCCCUUUUUCUGUGAAGUUCCCAGAGGGAAAAAAUAUUGUUCUUUCAUCAGAUGGCACAAGUAAGGAACUGACCUGCCGGAUCAGCUUCAGCUCGUCAAAGCCAAUGUCAUUUUUAGGGGAAAUGGUAUUCAUCGAUCAAGAAGAAAACAGGUUCUCAUUUCAGGUUGCUGGAACAGCAGACAAUUGUCUUCUCACCUUAUACCCCUACUUGGCAUUGCACAGCUCUGAUCAAAAAUUUGUCUGGAGAAGCAACAACAAAGACUUCAGCCCUGGAGAAAUAGUUCUAGAAUCAUGUUUUAUACCAUCAUCACCUUCACAUACCUCCUAUUCCACAAGUUCUUUCAGUGAAAAUAGUGUCUCAAGCAGUGAAGAUUCUCAAUCAGAGAGUGUCACUGAUGAAAGUGAGAGUGAUGAAUAUGAAAGUGAAGAGAAUGAAAAAGCACAUGAAGAGAGUAAAACUAACAGUAAAAGUGAUGGAAAAGGAUAUAAGUGUGAAUUAUCAUUUUUUCCUGAUGAAGAUAAGAAGGAGUACAUCUUCUUUCAAAAGACCCUAAAUGCUGUCAAGAGUUGGUUCACACUCUUUGGCUGGCCUAAGGGACAGAAUCCCAUUUCCAUACCUUAUUCACUGAGAAGUGAUGUGUGUAUAGUCCAGCUAACUGUUGCACAAGAAAAGAAUUUUAAACGAAGGGUUGACAAAGAUAAGGGUUUUUAUGAAAUGUUAUUGCAUCUGAAUGGACAAUCAAUUCCAGGCAUUGCAGCAAGCCAGUCAUUGUCCCCUGAUCCAGUAGAAAGAAUGUUCCAAAUCCACUGGCAGCAUUCUGAAUUGCUUUCCUUCCUUAAAAGGAAAGGAGCAUAUCUUCCUCAUGUUAUGCCAGAAUUUCUGCUUGCACCAGAAGAUUACAAGCUAUGGACUGAAGUGAAUACUGGACUGAGGGGUUUUGUACCUGAAGUGAGGAGGGGAAGCAUGAGAAGCUCAGGCAAGUUAAGUUCCAGGCGUAUUUUUGUUCUGGAGAAGAAAGCGUUUGAGGCCAUGAGCAAACGAGCUUGGACAGAUGUGCUGCUGCAGAUGUACAAGGUGUUUGUUCUUCCACGCGUUUCUUGCCGUAUGAUUCCUGACCCAUCGAGCUUGGAAAGCCUGCAGAACAUGCCAGGAAUAAAAUCAGAACCCUUAUCCAGUAACGUAUAUUCUCGAUAUGAACGAACCAUCCUCAUCUGGUUGAAUAAAAAUUAUGAGAAAAAUAGAAAAAUUGUGUGGAAUGGUAGUCAAAGAGGUGGAAUACCACCCAUGAGAUGGAUAGUGAAUUUUGACCAAGAUCUUCUGGAUGGUCUGGUAUUAGCAGCACAGAUGGCAGUUUACUGUCCAUAUUUGAUUCCCACUCACUUCAUAAAGAUGUAUACUAAUCCAAGAACUCAUGAAGAGUUCCUGAACAACGCCUUGAUACUUGUGAAGGCUCUGCAUACUAUCAAUAUGGAUCUGGACAUAAAGGCCACUGAUAUCUGUGAUCCAAAUCCUGUCAUGAUGCUGAUUUUGUGUGUCCACAUGUUUGACAUUCUCCCUCACUACUUACCCAAGAACACUAUAGAAUUUUCAGGUGCUCUCCAUGCAACUCUUUUGAAGCAGGUGUGCCUGAAGAACCCGAGCAAUUACACUUUGGCCUACAAUGCUUUUCUUGUGGGAAGAGAUGCUCAUGAUUUUUCUUUACCUAAAGGAAACACUGUUACCAUUCCUGCUGGACUAUGUACAUGCAGCAAAAACUCCAGAAGAAUAUAUAAGAUUCCUAAGGACAUAAAUCACAUUUGGAUCCUGCAUAAACUGUAAAAACUUGCACUGAUUGCUCUGAAAAUAAAUCUGGAGCCCUUUCAGCCCUUUUCAGUUACUGGAAAUUCUCUUGUGGGGGGUAUAGUAAGAUGCAGAUACCCAUGUUAUGAACUGAAGAAAUUUCACCUAAAUGUCACUAAUCCCUUCAAAACUGAUGGUGUAUUCAGGGUAAUUUUGCUGGAAUCCACACAUUUACUCCACCCAGAGAAAAUAUAUCAAGCCAGGCAAAUAAAGGAAGAGCAAAAGUUAAGCGUCACUGGAACAAUCCCAGUCUGGAGCUGGAGCCUGAGGAAUUGCUAUGUCCUUGUGUUGCGGUUUCGGCGUGGUGGCCUGGUUCCGGGUGCCCGGCACGGUGACCCAAAAGCCAACAGGGUCACUCGGUCCAAUGCUACAGACGCCAAUGUGGUGGACAGCAAAAUGGCAUUUAUUGAAGGGUCUCAGGGGUACUUAUGGCUUGGGCAGUCUGUGUCACUUCCCUUGCUCAUGUCCAUCUGGGUGCGGCUUGCUGAUCAAUCUGGCCUCCUGCAUGAGUUCUUCAGUCCAAUGGAAAACCUGUUCUUGAAAGGGAAAGGUUCUGCAACCUUAGAUAUUCACUUCCUUCCCUUUUAUCAGGAAAAGCGUUACUGCACUGUCAUUCUGAUUAAUGAAAAGAUUGGAGAAUAUGUAUACCUGAUUGAGGGCUCAGGUGAUUUACCUCUGACUUCAGAGCUGCCUGCCUUGGAUAGUCCAAAUGUUUUGCGUGCUACCAAAGAAGAUGAAAGCACAGCUCAGCCAGUUUUAUAUUUGAAAUGUGGACUUGGUCAGACUCUGGAGGAGAAACUGAAGAUUCCAUUGAUCAAUGAGUCAAGAGAGAGGGCCCUGGCUCUGGCUGCACAGCAGCAGAUGUCAGCUGUUGAGUAUGAAAGGAGAUUGAUGACCGGGACUCUGCAGAGCAGCAGCGUUCGAGCUGCAGCUGCGUUGUUGGGGCUAUCCAGAGUAGAGAGACGUGCCCUCCUGAAGCCUCGCAGGCACCCCUCGGAGCUGAAGUACGUGGAUUACAGUGUAGAAGUGAGCAUAAAACAUGGCUUUGAAGUGCCUAAAAAGUUCUCUAUUCCAGUGUUAUCUUCAGCCAGAGUUAAUUUGGACCCUCCAUCGGACAAAUACCCUACUCCUGAAAAGCUUUACAACAGCACAAUUUUAUUUAUUUAUUUUUUUUUAGGUGGAAUUGAUGCAGUUGAAUUUCCUAUAAAAUUCACUCCUAAGAAACCUGGUUCCUACCACUGUCAGAUUCUUCUGAAGUCACCCUGUGAUAUUCGUGUCUAUGAGAUUGAGUGUGUGGUGAAUGCAGACCAGGCUGAUGCACAGCUUGAAUUUCUAAUUCCAGCUUACCAGACAGUGACUCAGGAAAUUCCAAUUAGUAACAUAUCCAGUGAGGACUGGAAGUUUGAAGCAGUUUUGGAAGGACAGGGUUUUCAUGGCCCUCCUGUAAUACGUGUGCCUGUAGGUGGAACAGUUCCCUAUCCGCUCACAUUCAAGCCCAUUGCUGAGAGUGUAAUAAUGGGAAAGCUUACCCUGAAAAAUAUUACAGCUGGAACUCAGAACAUCUUUAGUCUUAAGGGAAUAGGGAAGAAACCUCUGCCUCAGGAUUGCAUUGUGAUAGAGUGCCAAGUGGGAAAGGUGGCUCAUAAAAUCCUAUGGGUGCACAAUUAUACCAAGAAGAUGCUAAAAUACAAGGUGUAUUCCAAUCUCUCAAUGCUGAGUGGUGCCCCUGAUGUGGCUGUCAACCCAGAGGACACUGCUGCUUACACUUUGAGUGUAUCUCCCUGCAGACGAGGAAUAUUUCAAGGUGUAAUUUCAUUUGUUGCUCAAGAUGAAGUCCAGCAGCAGCCUCAAGGCAGCAGCUCAGUACAGGGGACAGAUGGUGAAGAGGCCCUUCAGAAACUGCCAGCCAUGACUCCACCAGCUCCUGAUGCAGCUGACAUUGGAGAAAGUUCUACAAAUUGCAAAGUGUGGUUCUCCUUGAAGAUUUUCAGCAGACCUGCAGCAGCAGAAAGAACAAUAGAUGUGGACUGCAAAGCUCUGGAUACUGUUGGAAUUAAUAUUCCCAUCACUAAUCCUACCAAAAAACUUCUCAAGAUGAGUGUGCUGCUGGACCAUCCAUCCCUGUUUGGAGAAAACUCUUUCAUUCUCAAGCCCAAACAAACAUAUUCAUAUCACCUACAGUUUUCUGCAGCUGCUGUUGGUGCUUUUGCUGGAAGUGUCAUGUUCCGGUCAGAUGUGGUUGGAGAAUUUUGGUAUGCCCUGAAGUUCAAUGUAGAGAAGCCAUCACCAUCUGUACUGCCUGAUAUAGGAUGUGAGCUUGGAAAAUGGACUCUUGCAUACAUACCUCUUACUAAUCCUACUAAUGACGCUCUGGUGCUAGAAGUGGUGAACAGCAAUCCCUGCCAUUUUGUAGUUGAGACUGACCCCAGCGAACUUCUGGCUAUUCCUCCUCAUUCCACUGCUCAGCUGCCUGUGAGAUUCUGUCCCUCUGCCCUUGGAAGACGCAAUCACAAGGCGACCAUAACCUUCAAAUGCCCCCAGUUUGGAGAGCGGAUAUUUUACCUGACGGGGUCUGGAGUUCCUCCUGAGUGCAUGGAAACCACCACCACAAGUGCCUGCAUUGGAGAGUACUCCUCUGCCAUCAUAUCCUUCAAAAAUCCAACUGCUGAGAAUGUGGUGGUAGAUAUUGUGCUGGCAGACCAGGGUCUGUUAAAUCAGCAUCUGAGUGCAUCUGUCCUGUCUCAGGCCACCUGUGAGGAAUCUGUUUUUCAUCUUAUGGUUAAACAACCACAAGGAAUCCGAUUAACUCCAAAAGAAAAGCUGGAAAUCCCUGUGUUAUUCAUGCCAGCUGAAAUGAAAAUUUAUAAAGCAGUGGUGAUAAUUCAUGUAAUGAGGGAAAACGGUGAGAACUGGCCUUAUGAGGUUACUGCUGAAUCAAAUACAGACUUAAAAAGAAAUGUUAUUGUAGCAGAGAAUGGGGAAACUCAGGGAAUACUCUGGAUGUAUCCCAUUAAUGGAACACCUGAAGCACCACAGCAGAAAUCAGUUGUGAUACGCUGUCAAGCCAGGCAGAGGCUGGAGCAGAGGGUAGAGCUGCUGCUGAUUGGUGUCGUGCCUGGUGCCAGGGAUCUGCCUGAGGCAGGGAGCUCCGCCACGGUCAGCAGGGAAGAGUCAUCCAGCACCCCAGAAGUCACCAAUGGUUCCUCUGCAACACUGGAGUUUCUGUAUGAAUUGCAAUAUCAAUCAGAUGAAAUUAGAUCUCAGCUUGAAUCUUUGGUUGGCAUGGAGCUGGUUGAAAAAGAAUGGGAUAAAAAAUCCAGAAUUGUAACACUGAUCUUUAAUGUAGUAUUUGCACCUAGCAAACCGAUGAGGAAUGAGGCAACUGUUAUAAUUCAGUGUACUGAAGGAGGCCUUUGGAAGUUUCCAUUGGUGUUCAUUGCCACAGAGCCAGAAGUGGAUGAUGUGAUCAACAUUGAAGCAGUUGGCCUUAAUAAGGAAUCCAUAGUUGGCUUUAAGCUCACAAGCCAGACAAGGUACCCAGAGCCAUUCACUGCACACUUCCUGGCAGGCAGUGAUCCUGAUUUCCUUGUGAUGCCACAAGCUGGAGAGCUUCUCCCAGAAGGCACUGUGGGAACCCAUAUAACAGUGGGAUACAAGCCAAGGAUGUAUGGCAAGAAGCACACAGCAACACUGGUCAUCGAGACACAAUCAAUGCAGUGGACAUACAUAAUCAAUGGACUUCCUCCACAGACUGCACCACCUGCAGUGGCAGCAAAAGUGGUUUGCAGCAGCAGCUACAGAGGAUCGUUCACAGUCCGACAGCGCAACUUUGUCCGUGAAAAUCUGAAACUUAUAACCACUGGAGCAUCCUCACCAAUCAAAGGAGCACCUUUGGUCCUUAGGAAUAGACAGAAAAAGUUAUAA